GCGCGCGCCGCGGCGGCCGGGCCUGCGCCCCUAGAGCUGGAUGCCAGAGCAGGAGAAAGAGCCGCCAACCGAUCGCUCGAUCGACCGCGCGCCCGCUCCUUCGCCCUACCAGACCGGGGAGGGGGGGAGGGCGCGCCAGGGCUUCUUCGAGUUAGGGGCCUGACUCCCCGGCGAUGAGACAAGAUGGCUCCUCCGGUCCGCACCUCAGCUACCGUCCCGGCUGCGUCGCUCGGCCCGCCCCCGGUACUGUUUCUUUAAAUGGCGGAGAGGGUCAGGAAAGCCGGAAGAGAGGCGCGCGCCCUCACGUGAUAGGGGCGGACCGACUAACAAGAUCCGGUCACGUGGACGCGCGAUUUCCCCGCCAAUCAGGAGGCGUGGCAGCAGGGCGGGGGCGGGAGGAGUUGCUGCGCUUUGAUUGGCUAGAUGGACCACGGAGGCCUCGGGGGUUUGGGGCGUCGGGGAGUGCGCGAGGCGUUCCAGGCUGUGUGCGGUAGCGGAGACAAAGCGGUGGCUUUGGCGGCUGCGGUAGCGGCGGCAGCGAAGCCCUGAACACCGAAUCGCGUGGCGUAGAAUCCUGUCACUAUUUCAUCCUGAGCGGCGCGCGGCGACUGGUCGGUUUCGUGGCGGCGGCGGCGGCGGCGGCAGAGCGGCGGCAGCACAUGGUUCCAAGAGCGCGCUGGGGUUGUUGGGUUCCAAUUCCGCGGGGAGGGACAAAGGCAGUUGCGAGCGCCGGGCAACGCCCGGUGGGGUGGUGCUCUCGCCACUGCCCUCGGUCUGGGUUUUAAAAAACUGGGACUAACUCCUCUUCGUGAGAAGGAGGCCAGGGACGAGGCCCGAAAGGGCCUGAGGCUGACGCCGUUGUCGGAGGGGGGUGGGGGAGGGGCGCCGCCCGCCUGAGGUGAUUUGGGCGGGUCAGUUCUGAGGCGUUUUAGUGGGUCGGUGAGGUAAUUGGAGUCUUCUCUCUUGAGGAGAUUGGGGCAAGCCAGGUUCUGUGGGCUCUGGAAAGAAUUCGGCCAACCGCUCAUAGGCGGCCUUUGGGGCGGUGAAGCCGGAAAUAUCGCCGUAUGUGUGCCAUCGACCUCAUGGUCUCCAGGCUGGCCUGUUUAAGGAGCAUUGGUGGUGAAGACAAGGGCGAAUGAAUAGUUUUAUGACAAAUUAGUGCAAUUUCCGGUUGGUCAGUUUGUGGAUUGGUAUAUUUCUUGACCGAAACCUAAAAAGAAUACUGGAAGAGUGAAGAUGGAGUCCUGAUAAAACCUCCAGGAACAGGAUCAUCUACUGUAAGACCACAUUCAACUUACUGAACGAAUCGCACCUUCGCGCUGAAGCUCCCUGAGGCUACAGAUUUAUGAUAUAAUUCUUUUCACAAAUACAGCAUCAGAACCAUUGAGAUUCUGAAGAAUUCAAUUAUAUUUUAGCCACCUCUGAAUAUAAUUUGGACAGACAUUAGGUAGCCAUUAACUGUAAGCACAGACCGCUCAUUUACUGGAAGGAACCCUGGAAAAUCCAGAUAAAGUUUUAUAUCCCAGUUCGUGGGUGAAGGCCAGAAGACCUCCCUGCACUCAUGGCUUUCUCAAAUUACAGCAGUUUGAAUCGUGCCCAGCUAACCUUUGAGUAUCUGCAUACCAAUUCAACUACUCAUGAAUUCUUAUUUGGUGCUCUUGCCGAACUGGUUGAUAAUGCCAGAGAUGCUGAUGCUACUAGAAUAGAUAUUUAUGCAGAAAGGCGAGAAGACCUUCGAGGAGGAUUUAUGCUUUGCUUUUUGGAUGAUGGAGCAGGGAUGGAUCCAAGUGAUGCUGCCAGUGUGAUCCAGUUUGGGAAGUCUGCCAAGCGAACACCUGAGUCCACUCAGAUUGGGCAGUAUGGUAAUGGAUUAAAAUCGGGGUCAAUGCGCAUUGGGAAGGACUUCAUCCUCUUCACUAAGAAGGAAGAUACCAUGACCUGCCUCUUCCUAUCUCGUACUUUUCAUGAGGAAGAAGGCAUUGAUGAAGUGAUAGUCCCAUUGCCUACCUGGAAUGCUCGGACCCGGGAUCCUGUCACAGAUAAUGUGGAGAAGUUUGCCAUUGAGACAGAACUCAUUUAUAAGUAUUCUCCUUUCCACAAUGAGGAGGAGGUUAUGAAUCAAUUCAUGAAGAUUCCUGGGGACAGUGGCACACUGGUGAUAAUCUUCAAUCUCAAACUCAUGGAUAAUGGAGAGCCGGAGCUGGACAUAACCUCAAAUCCAAAAGAUAUCCAGAUGGCAGAAACUUCCCCAGAGGGCACGAAGCCAGAGCGGCACUCAUUCCGUGCCUAUGCUGCUGUGCUGUAUAUUGAUCCACGAAUGAGGAUCUUUAUCCACGGGCACAAAGUUCAAACCAAGAGACUCUCCUGCUGUCUUUACAAGCCCAGGAUGUACAAGUAUACGUCAAGCCGUUUCAAGACCCGUGCAGAGCAGGAGGUGAAGAAAGCUGAGCACGUAGCACGAAUUGCGGAAGAGAAGGCACGGGAGGCAGAGAGUAAAGCUCGAACUUUAGAACUACGCCUAGGUGGAGACCUCACACGAGACUCCAGGGUGAUGUUACGACAGGUUCAGAACACAGCCAUUACCCUGCGCAGAGAAGCUGAUGUCAAGAAGCGAAUCAAAGAGGCCAAACAGCGAGCACUUAAAGAACCUAAGGAACUGAACUUUGUUUUUGGGGUCAAUAUUGAACAACGUGACUUGGAUGGUAUGUUUAUCUAUAACUGUAGCCGUCUGAUCAAGAUGUAUGAGAAAGUGGGCCCACAGCUAGAAGGUGGCAUGGCUUGUGGUGGUGUUGUUGGAGUUGUUGAUGUUCCCUAUCUAGUCCUCGAACCUACACACAACAAGCAGGACUUUGCUGAUGCCAAGGAGUACCGGCACCUGCUGCGGGCUAUGGGGGAACACUUGGUGCAGUACUGGAAGGACAUCGCCAUUGCCCAGCGGGGAAUCAUUAAGUUCUGGGAUGAGUUUGGUUACCUCUCGGCCAACUGGAACCAGCCCCCAUCCAGCGACCUGCGUUAUAAACGCCGGAGAUCUAUGGAAAUCCCAAUCACAAUCCAGUGUGAUUUGUGUCUGAAGUGGCGAACCCUCCCCUUUCAGCUGAAUAGUGUGGAAAAAGAAUAUCCUGAUACCUGGGUUUGCUCCAUGAACCCUAAUCCUGAGCAGGACCGAUGUGAGGCUUCUGAACAGAAGCAGAAGGUUCCCCUGGGAACAUUCAAAAAGGACCUGAAGACACAGGAAGAGAAACAGAAGCAGCUGACAGAGAAAAUUCGCCAGCAGCAAGAGAAGCUGGAGGCUCUUCAGAAGACCACACCGAUCCGCUCCCAAGCUGACCUGAAGAAAUUGCCUUUGGAAGUGACCACUAGACCUUCCACUGAGGAACCCGCACGUAGGCCUCAGCGUCCUCGGUCACCUCCAUUACCUGCCGUGAUCAAGAAUGCCCCCAGCAGACCCCCUGCCCUCCACACUUCCAGGUCAACCAGCCAGACUCGAAAGGCCACUGUUGUUAGCAGUGCCCCCAAACCUCCUGCCCCACCAGCACCCCGGGAGGAGGCCAGUACAUCAAAGCCAGUCCAGCCUCCUGAUGUCCCCCGCAAGCCUGCUAAUACUUCAACCAAGACGUCAACCCGAUCUGCACCUGUGGUGCAGCCGCUGACACCGUCUGUGCCACCCAACACCAGGAGUCCUAGGGAGGUUCCUGCGCCCAGGGCUGUCAAGGCGCCAGUGGUCAAGAAGGUAGAACCACCCAGUAAAAUAUCAGUGGCUCCUUCUGGGAGGAAGCGGACUCUUGUGGUCUCUGAUGAAGAGGAGGCUGAUGAUGAGGUUGACAGGAGGAGGGAAAGGCCCAAGCGGGGCAAGCUUGCUGUGAAAGAGGAAAAGAAGGAUUCAAAUGAGGAGCCUUCUGUCAGAUUCUGUUCUCCGUUGCAGCUCUCAGAUAGUGCUGGGGAAGAAGACCCAGCUGAUCUCAAGAAUGCUCAGAAAGAUAAAGGACUGCAUGUGGAGGUGCGUGUGAACAGGGAGUGGUACACUGGCCGUGUCACAGCCGUGGAAGUGGGCAAGCUUGCAAUACGGUGGAAGGUGAAGUUUGACUACGUGCCCACAGAUACAACACCAAGAGACCGCUGGGUAGAGAAAGGCAGUGACGAUGUGCGGCUGAUGAAGCCCCCCUCUCCUGAGCAUCAGAGUCCUGACACACAGCAGGAGGGGGGUGAGGAGGAGGAGGCAGAGACACCAGCAAUUGUGGCCCAGCAGGAUACAGCCAUGGCAGAGCCCCCCACUUCUGACUGCAUCCGCAUUGAACCUGACACCACUGCCCCGAAUACCAGCCAUGAGACCAUUGAUCUGCUGGUCCAGAUCCUCCGAAAUUGUUUACGGUAUUUCCUGCCUCCAAGUUUCCCCAUCUCCAAGAAAGAACUGAGCACUAUGAAUUCAGAAGAACUAAUAUCAUUCCCUCUGAAAGAGUACUUCAAGCAGUAUGAAGUGGGACUGCAGAAUCUGUGCCAUUCCUAUGAGAGCCGUGCUGACUCACGGGCCAAGGCCUCUGAGGAGAACCUGCGUACAUCUGAGAGAAAGCUCCGAGAGACAGAAGAGAAACUGCAGAAGCUGAGGACAAAUAUCGUGGCGCUCCUGCAAAAGGUGCAGGAGGACAUAGAUAUCAACACAGAUGACGAGCUGGAUGCCUACAUCGAAGACCUGAUCACCAAGGGGGACUAAGGGGUUUGGAGCCAGAGAUCAGCUCCCUCAAGGCAGAGUCCCCCCAGGGGGGAGGGGUGAUGUGUGUCGUUUAUGGGUUGGUAGACUUGGUUUGACCUACCUGGAACAUUUGUGCUUUUGGAGGGAAAGAUACUCUGAUUCUUUGAAUCUUCCUAAGUUUAUAAAUAAUUUAUUUUUAAAAAGAAAUGAUGCUGUGCUUGCUGUGAGACCAUACUUUUUUUUUUUUUAAACCCUGGGGCGAAGGGCAGAACCAGGAUGCCACUACCCUUGACUCCUGGCCUCUUAAAAUAUGACAAAUCCACUAUCAGCCAGAGAGGCAGGGUGGAUGAGCCAUAUUGGGAUUUGAGGGAUUGGUGGGAUGGAGGGGGAUGAGCCCGCUCCCCACCUCCUCGUUUGCUACUCAUCCUGUACUUACCCAGCUGCUCCCAAGGGGACUGUGAUCUGGAAAAGGCUCAGCAAAGAGUUGGCCCUACCCCCCUCCUUCAUGGCUGCCAUCUCAGUGUCAAGGGGUCUGAGCAUCAUCGAAAGCAGCAGUCAGUCUUGGCUAUUUCCUUCCCAAAUAGCUUCAGGAAGAAAAACCCUCUGGCUCACCACUCCCUUUACCACCCAGAUUGACCUCCCUGCAGGAGUGAUUGCCUCAGUGUACUGUGCAUCCAGUUCUGGUCAGACCACCGAUGUGGGCAGCACACCAAAUAUUUGCACUCCAGAUGACCUCUUUAGGACACUGCAGUCUGUCGCUCUGGCAGGGUCAUGAGGAAUCUGCUGAUCUGAAGAGCCUGCUGCUACUUUUUCUUUUAUUGCUGCCCCUCUGCCUGCACCACCCAGUGAAUGUCCCAGUAAAAAGGAAGAAAGUGGGUGAGUGUGGAAGGUGGGAACUUCAGAGAACAUUUCCUUCCCUGGCCUUGUCUCAGCUUCUCAGGGUCAAAGAUAAGAGAUACUGAGUUUUCUCUGGAAUAGUCAUGGGGAAAAUACGAUUUCACUCAACUCUCUUUUUGCACCCUUUGGGGACCUAGGGUUUUUAAUGGCACAAUAACUGGCAUUGUACCUGUGAUUCAAACCUCUCGUCGUGUUUGGACAUCCACCCAUCCACUCUGCAGCCGAGAGAUUGGGAAGCGCUACUGAGGGACAUCAGCCACACUAGAAUCGAGUUCUUACCUACUUGUGUACAUGGCCAGACACUCUGUGAAGAUUUUAGGAGCUUCCCCAAACCACUUCCCUGGGAAGGGCUGUUUGGAAAAAUAGCCACUCACUCAGAUAUUCUCCAAGACUCUUGAUUUCCUUCCCAACAUGAUCGCUCUAUCCCUGUCAGCACAUUAGUCCUAUUUUUUUGUCCUCCAAACCAUUAUUUCAAUCUAAAGAAAGUUGGGCUCUAUGUUUUUUUACUAAAGGGUAAUACUCUGAAGGGUUUUUUUUUUGGGGGUGGGGGGGCAGGGGCAUACCCAGCUGUGCUGGGGGCUAUUUCCUACUCUGUGCUCAGGGGUUACUCCAGGGGGUGCUUUGGGGACCAUGUGUUGCCAGGAAUCAAACUGCAGUUGGCAACAUGCAAGGCAAGCACUUUAACCCCUGUUCUGUCUCUUUGGCCCCUCAAGUUUUUAAGUUUAAAUAUCUGUAACCAAAAAUGCAAUUAUUAUAAAGUUUUACUGGUGAGACUCCUGAGCUCAGUCUGAUUUCUUCUCAGUAAAAUCCAUUAUUUUCUCUUUUUCAUUCUUUCCACCACUUGUGGCUUCCAUAUUCUUUAUUUCCACCCUCUUUGUUGUUUCUGUAUUCACCCUCAACACUUACAAGAAACUGAAAUACUUAGGUUAUCAAAUGUUUUUAGCUUCAGUCUGGAUGUGUCCUUGUUGCUGUUUGAACCCAUAGCUAUACUCAGCCUGUUUCCCAGGCAGAGCUGCUGUUUCCCAGGUGUGAAGAUAAAAUGCAGCAGUCAGACUUGGGAGAAGGAAAAUGAGUCUGGUCUUUGACUGGAAGAUCCUUAACCACAAAGCUGCAAGAAGGUGAAUGAAUAUGGCAACCCCUGGUUUUAAGGAAUGGGACCUUUAGUUUUUAUUUAUGAUUAAAAAAAUACAGAAGACAAAUCAUGAAAAGCAAAACUUUCCUCAUUCUAAUUCCCUACCUUUUCCUGGAGAGAGUAUCUAUCCAAAUACACACCAACUUGUUCUAUUUCUGCCUCCUCCCACUUAUUGUAUUUUGGAACUUGUUUGUGAAUAGUGCAUAUGGGUCUAUUUUAUUCUAAAUAGUCACGGAGUAUUGUCUUGGGUGUACUGCCAUAUAACAGUCCCCUGUUUACAAACACUUCAGUUUUUAACAUUUAUAAAAAUUUAUAAAUGUGUGUUCAUUAACUCAGAUCUGUAUAUUUGUGUGUAUAUAUAGUAAAUUAGAGAUGGCUAUCAGAUGGUGAGUACAUUAAAAAAAAAUUUUUUUUUUUCGGUCACACCUGGUGAAUAAACUCAGGAACCACUCCUAGUAGUGCUUAGGGACCAUAUGGAAUGCCAGGAUCAAAUCCAGAUUGACUGCAUACAAGUCAAGCACUUUACCUGCUGGGCUAUCUCUCCAGCCCCAGAUGGUGGAAAUAUUUGAAAGUCUAAGAUAUAUUCCAGGAAAAAGAUUCAACCUCAGGAAUCAAUGGUAUAGUUCCUCUGUACACUUGGCUGUAUCGAAGCUUCUUACUACUUAACUGAUUACUAAUCAGGUAGUACAAAAUGAUGAAUUUUUUAGUUGGAUGAACCUAAGUGACACUGAGCAUCUUCAUUAGCCAGCUGUAUCCCUCUUCUGGUAUAGAACUGCAAUUCUGUAUCUUGAGUUAAAGAUACUUACAAGUAAGAUGAAUAUAUAGAAAAUAAGGAGGCAGCCUCUUCAGCUCUUGAAAUCCCAUUGUUUCAGGAUGUAAAAACACUGCUCUAGGGCUGGAGCAAUAUUACAGAGGUUAGGCCUUUUGCCUUGCAUGCAGCUGACCCAGGGUUGAUCCCAGGACCCCAUAUAGUCCUCUAAGCACUGCCAGGAGUGAGUCCUGAGUGCAAAGCCAGGAGUAACCUUUGAGCAUCGCCGACUCAAAGAAAAAACACAGUAGAGCUACCAGGUUAAUUUUUUUUUUCUUACAAAGUAAGGGUUAAUUAACAGGCCAAGAUAAACCAUUCUGGUUCUUAUUCUGUCCAACUGACACUGCAUUUUUGGCUUUUGUCCCUGGUUCCUCUUAACUAAUACAAUUCUUUUGACA